AUGCGGUCGCUUGUAGUCGCGUCUUUGGGCGUCCUGGUGCUGUGUUCAGCAGUGUCUGCCUGGGUCGUAGGAGGCCAAGAGCAAGAAUCAGCUCCAAGUCAAAAUGAGGCUUCUGACAAUUCUGGAAAUGGUAGUGAUGGGGCUCCAGGGCGUGAUGGGGCUCCAGGGCGUGAUGGGGCUCCAGGGCGUGAUGGGGCUCCAGGGCGUGAUGGAUUUUACAUUGCUGGAGGAGGAACUGGAGUGAAUGGGGGAAACCCAAGUUCUGACCAAGCGGCUACAUCUAGGAGAAUUAACAACCUGAGAUUUAGAGUGCAGCUGCAGCGAACCCAGGACGCUCUUCGUAGUCAAGACCCAGAAGACCAACGUAGACAAACGCAGUCUCCUGCUGAACUGGAAAUAAUACAAGCCGCGCGUGAACGAAAGCAGCGCGAGCGUGAAGAAAGGCAACAGGAACGUGAGCGUGCUCAAAAAGAGGCUGAACGAGAACGCGAACAAAGACGAGAUGAACUUGAACAAAAGAGAGAUGAGCGGGAACAGAGGCGCAAUGAACGUACUGAACAGGAGAAAAAAGAUCGGAUUGAUGGAAUGAGACGUGAAUUGGAGAGUCUGCGCGCCAACCAAACCGCCUGAACCAGAUUCGAGGACCCAGAAAACCAGGAAUAGCCGGAGAUCCCUUGACAGUGAGAAAGCAAGCAGUCGCUGUGAACUGAGUCAGAUCGACAAAGAAGGAGAAAUGGAUGAAAGAACCAACAACAGUGUGCUCUUUGUUACUUUCCUCUUACAAAGGAUGCUUGUAGAUGAACUAUAAACUCGCUGUUUCUCUUGUUUUUAUUCCACGUUAAAAUAAUCUUAUUUAAUUUUCUAUUGAUCAAUUUUCUAAAAUGAUUGAAAUGUUAUCUUUUGCCCCAAAAAUUGCCUUACAAUAUUUAUUCUUCUCCUCCUUCAAUAAAAACUUGAAAUAUUC